AGGUGCAGCUGGAUCAGGCCCCAUCAAGAGGUGGGCAGCCCCUAUCAAAGGCUUAAGCCACAGGGAUGAGUUUCAUCCCAGCCUCCUUCCCCACCUCUUACUGAAGCCGUGGGCCAUCCUGCCCCAAGGUGUCACUCCUCCUGGGGAUUGCAUGGCCCAGGCUUCAACCCUUUUUAAGGGAUUUUCUGCUUCCUCUUAUAGGCAUGGGGAAAAAGGCAGAAGACCUUCGUUUGUCACCCUGGCAGCACUAGGAGCUUGAGCACUGCACAGGGCUGAACCCUCCUUGUGCGUGUUUGUUACUGUCCCUGCACAAGACAGGGAAACUGAGUCUGGAGCUGAGAUGCCUCUUGCAGUGGGGUCCUGCCUGCCCCUCUUCUGCCUCCCCAACCCAGCACCUGCAGAGCUCAUGGGGCUCAGCUGGAGCUGCUUAACCCUCAGAUACGCUUCAGCUGGCACUUGGUGGGGCCCAGCCAGUCAUGGUCCUGGCUGCUGGGCCCCUUCUGGGCAGUUGCUUUUAUAAACCAGCAGCCUGAGAACCCCCAGGGGUUUUUCUUUCUCUUUUUCUUUUCUUCUCCCUCCUUCUCUGUCUUUUAGGAGCCUUAGCUUGGAGGUGGGAGGGCUGGGGGUCUGCUGCCUGCAGCUCUCUAGGAUGUGGUGCUAGGACUUCCCACUCUUCCCCUCUACCGUGUCAAGCAGAUGAAGGACCAUGUCAUCGCGUAGUUCUGUGGUGGCCCUGGGGCUCGGUUCCCAGCCUGGCUGCAGCACCACUCUGCCAGCGCAAAGAAAUUCCUUCCCUGGGCUGCAUCUCCUUCCGCCUCGGAGCCGCUCACUCGCCCUGCUCGGCCAGGAUGACUUCAAGAGCUUCAGUGGGAGCUUCUGUGAUGUGAGCGAUGCUUUGGGUGCUGGCCUAUUCGACUGCAGCUACUCUGUCCCCGACCCACAGCUGGUCCGGAGGAUUGUGUCCCAGGUAGAGUUCUACCUCUCUGACGAGAACCUGGCCAAGGAUGCCUUCCUCCUGAAGCACGUCCAGAAGAACAAGAUGGGCUUUGUCAGCAUCAAGUUGCUCACGUCCUUCAAGAAGGUGAAGUACCUGACACGCGACUGGCGGCUCACGCUUUACGCCCUACAGUUCUCGGAACUGCUGGAAGUGAAUGAGGAGGGCACCAAAGUGAGGCGGCGGGUCCCCCUCCCAGAGUCCCUGCUGAGCAUCCCCCCCAGCAAAUUGCUCCUGGCUUGGGACCCACUGCCUCAGGAGCUGGGUAUGCUGCUGCCACUCCAGAAGAACUUCAUCGAGACCAUCACGAGGAUGUUCAGCCCCUUUGGCGCAAUCGCCUCCAUCCGCAUCCUGCGGCCGGGCAGGAAGCUGCCCUCAGAUGUACGGAAAUACACGGUGCGCUUCCCCGAGCUGCUGAGUCGCUGCUGUGCACUGGUGGAGUAUGAGAGCUUGGAGAGUGCCCGCAGGGCCUUUGAGGACCUGAGCCGCCCUGGCUCCGCAAGCAUACGGGUGGUACGGCUCUCAGGGAAGGGCUCAAAGAAAAGUGUGACUGAGAGGGAGGCAGCGGCAGUGGAGGAGACGCUGGGAUGGAAGGCACAGGCAGUGGCGGCUGAGAUGUUCCCUUACAGCCUUGAGGACUCCUUGCUGUGCAGCUCCCUGGAGUCAGACACGGCCCAGGCCUCAUUGCCCCUCCUCCUCUCAACACCCUCCAGGCCUGAUGGCCACAGUGGCUUCAAGCCUGGCUCCUUUGGCAGCACCUUUACCAGAUCGCUCCUCGCCAGCAAGGUCUUUCCUCCACUAACCACAGAGCUGAGCACUGGUGGCUGCUUUGGCCUUGGCUCCAGCCCUGAGAGCUCCCAGGGCCUUGAUUUUGGCUGGGGGAGCGGGGUAGGUGCGUGGACACCCUGGGGUGGCAGCAUAACCCCUGACCCCUCUCUGGAUGCCAAAUCACCUCCCGGCAAUCCCCUGGCUGUGAAGCAGGUAUCAGAGUCCCUCGGCCUCUGUGCUGGUGUGCUUCGCCUGCCACAUGGGCCUGAUGGCACCAAGGGCUUCUACAACAGCAUUGGGAGAGGAAAACUUGUCCUCAAGCACUAAGGCUCCUUUGUGUUUUGGUUUGGGGAUUAUUUUUGGUUUUGUUUUUCCUUAUUGUGUCAAGAAGAAUAACUUGGUGGCCCAGAGAGCCGCGGGCGGUGGCAGUGCAGCUGUUUUGGGGGUGAGGAUGCUCGGGGUAGAGCAGGGUGUGAGCUGAGACACUGAGCACCAGAAGAACCCAGCGCCAUGCUCAGGCCAGCAGCCACCACUCCUGCCAGGGCCCAGGCCAGCCCUGGGUGAUGCUGCUGGGAUUCUGUCAUGUUGGGUCCCCCCACGUCCCUGGGGCCAGUGACAAUGGGGACACUGAGAGCUCCUGCAUGAGCGUGGCAGGACAGCGCUGCCUCCUGAAGGUGCUGUUGCAUGCAUUGGUGUAAAGUUGUGGAGCUCGGAUGUGAAAUGUUCAAUAAAGUGAGAUGAAGUUUCCAGGCAA